GCACUACGCCAUACUUAUCACUUAUGAAUCAGCUGAUGAAGGAAGGAACUGUUACUAGAAAUUUCAGCAGUAUUGGAGACAAUAUUAAAAAAGUAUGUCGUUAAAUACAGCGCACGCUAACGGCGGUGUUCUAAUACACGCCGGAGACAUAUUAUUAUUCUGCGACAAUGUCACGAUGGAAUUCCAUGGACAAGAACAGGGAGAAUUUACUGGUACCAAACAUGGUAGAUUAUACUUGACCACUCAUCGAAUGAUUUUUAAUGCCAAAGAUCACAAGGAAAAAAUGCAGUCAUUUAGUUUUCCUUUCAUAACGCUGAGCGAAGUUGAGGUGGAACAACCAAUAUUUGGUGCCAAUUACAUCAAAGGUAAAUGCCGUGCUCAACCAAAUGGCAAUUGGAUUGGAGAAUGCAAAUUCAAAUUGCACUUCAAAAGUGGUGGUGCAAUAGAAUUUGCUCAACGUAAUGGACCUUCAAACGAUGCUCCACCACCAUAUCAACCACCAACAUCAAACUGGUAUGCAGCUCCACCACCUGCUUAUCAAACUACUCCAACUGGCUAUUACGGUUGGCUCCCACGAAAUGAUGCAUUUUCAAAUACUCCACCAGCAAACAGUGUAUAUAUGACGGAUAUGCCACCUCCAUAUCCUGGUAUAAAUACACCUUAUGAAGGAUAUGUAAAUGUACAUCCACAAGGUGUAUGGGGCAACUCCAGUCAACAACCUAGUUGGACUCCACCUCAACAAAAUGGAGCACCUGGAUGGGCUAAUCCAAAUUAUAAUGCCCAACCAAUGUCUCAAGCAGGUGCGUAUCCGAACUAUGGACAGCCAGCAUAUAACGGUUACCCACAAAAUCCUCCACCAUAUACUCCAUAUUCCCAAGGAAAGCCCCCCAAGUUUUCAACAGGCAACAGAGAAAAAGGAUCAGUAGAAAUGCAUCCUUGAAAUCUGAAAAUAAUGAUGUAACAUCAGCACUUGUUCAAUUAGUAUUAUAUGUAUAAUAUGCUAUACUGCAUAGCAACAGGUAUAUGCAUUCCACUUUAAGUUUUGCUAUAUGUCAUUUUGGUGUGUGUAAUUAAAUGGAAUAAUAUUUCUAUCUCUCUUAUGCUAUUCAUAAUUUCUAAAUAUAACACUAUAUAUUGUAUUUUUGUGCUUUAAAGUACACAAGUAUUUAUAAUUACAAUGUAAACUGUAUAAAUGAUCUAUAUAAAAAUUUUAUCGUUGUGUUUUAUGCAAUUAAAUGAAUAUAUAAAAUAAAAGUUGCUGUAUAUGAGCAUGGAAAAAAAAAUCACACUGAAAUACGUUAUCUAUAUUCAUAUAUUUUAUUAAAAAAAUUAUAAACUGAAUAUAUUUGUACAUGUACGUAUAUAUAUAAUUAAAUAUAAAAUAAAUAACAAUUGAUUGCCUCUAAUAAAGUUUAUAUAUUAAAUUUAUAUGAAACUUCAUUAGUCCAAGCAUGCUUAACUGUAUAUAUUUCUUUAUUGGACGUAAAAUAACUUGUAACAUAUGCAUUCAAAUGCAUAUGUAUGUAUAAAAAUUGAAAUAUAUGAAUACAAAAAUAAUUUAUAUAAUGGCAGUUAUAUUGUUAUUUCAUUUGUGUCAGUAGUACUCAAAAUAUUCUAUAACUUUUAUUUCGACUAGUUUUAACUAUGGCAAAAUCAAUAAAUAUCCAAUAAUUGUAACUUAUAAUAUAUGUAACUUUAUAAUAAUUGGAAUAUACAAUCUAAAAUAUUGUGAAAUUUAAUCUUUUAUACAUUUGAUACGCAUUCUAUACGUUAAUAAAUAUAUA